AGCCAGGAAGCCCGGGCCGCGCCCGCUAUCCCUCCCACUGCCCCUGCCCGCUGCCCCUGCCCGCUGUCCCUGCCUGCUGCCCGCUGCCCCUGCCCGCUGCCCGCUCUCCCUGCCCGCUGCCCCGGCCCGCUGCCCCGCCCGCCAAUCCAGCUCGCCAACAGACCUCGGGAGCUGCCGCGAUGGAGAUGCUGGCGGUCCCUGGGGGUCCGGAGGCUGCCACGGGCCCGGGCGCAGUGCCCAGGAGCAGCCGGAGCACGCGGGAGCCGGGCCUGAGGCUUCUCCUCCUGGGAAAACACGGCGCGGGGAAGAGUGCCACGGGGAACAGCAUCCUGGGCCGGGAGGCGUUUGCGUCCAGAUUCAGGGCGCAGGCGGUCACCACAGAGUGCCAGAGCGCUCACGGGACUGUGCGGGACACGGAGCUUGUGGUCAUCGACACCCCCGACCUCUUCUCCUCGAGCGUCAGCGCCGAGGCCCAGCGUGGCCACCUCGAGCGCUGCGCGGAGCUCUCAGCUCCCGGCCCCCACGCGCUGCUUCUGGUCAUCCCCAUCGGCAACUUCAAGAAAGAGGACGCGGAAACCUUCCAUCAAGCCAAGUCCAGGUUUGGACGGGAGACCGGGAAGCAUAGCAUCGUGGUCUUCACCAGGAAGGAUGAGUUGGGGGAGGACUCCCUGGAUGAGCUCGUGGAGAGCGACGAGGCCCUAACGGCGCUGGUGCAGGACUGCGGGGGCCGGUACUGCGCUAUCGACAACAAGGCCUCGGGGGCGGAGAGGGACGCGCAGGUGUCCAAGCUCCUCUGGAAGAUAAAGGGUCUGGUGGACCAGAACGGAGAACAGCCCUAUUGCCUGGACCUCGGAAACGAGCACAGUGAAUUGCAGGAUACUAUGAAUGAAAGACAUGACAAUUCACGUGAUGCCCUGAGCCUUGUCCUUGUGGGGAGGGGCGGGACUGGGAAGAGCGCAACUGGAAACACCAUCCUUGGGAGGCCGGAGUUCCCCUCACACCUCAGUGCUCAGUUGGUUACCAAGACCUGCCAGAGCAGCAAGAAGAAGUGGGGGGGGCAGGAAGUGGUGGUUGUGGACACACCCUCAUUCCUCCUGGCACCCAGCGACUCAGAGGAUCCAUCCCAGCUAGAAGAGGAGGUCAAACGCUGUUUUCACUUCUGUGAUGUGAAAAAGAUUCUCUUUGUCCUGGUGUUCCAGUUGGGAAUGUUCAUUCAAGUGGAUCAAAGUGUUUUGUUGCAGUUAGAGAACAUCUUUGGAAAGAAAGUUAAGAAAUACACAAUUGUGCUGUUCACCCGGGAGGAAGAUCUAGGGGGUGACAGCAUCAAAGAUUACAUUAAGAGUGUAGAUUGCAAAGCUCUUAAGAAGACUGUUGAAGAGUGUGGAGGGCGAGCUUGUGCCUUUAAUAACAGAAAGUCAGGUGAAUCUGGGAAAACCCAGGUGAUAGCUCUGCUGAAAAUGGCCAAUACAGUGAUAGAGAACAAUGAUGGGCAUGGAUAUCCUUUUGAUUUGGAAAAGGUCAUCAAGAAAAUUAAACUCAUGAGAAGUUCUCAGGAUAAGUCCAGAUGGAAAGAUAAGAAACAGAAUUAGGUCAUAAGUAUGUAAGACCUUCAAGAGCUGUAAUCAGCGAUCCACUGAGCACGUCCAGGAGUGAUCCCAGAGCAUAGCCAGGUGGGACUCCUGAUCAUCCCACACCUAAUCAGUUACCAGGGGCUGGAGAUAUCACGCAAUGGGUUGGGCACAUGUUUGUGGGUAGCAGGCAAGUUUCAAUACCUGCCACCACGUGGUUUCUAGAGCAUCCUGAGCACCAUGGUUGUAGCCACCCCAAAUAAAGAAGCAAGAAAACAAACAAACAAAAGCAAAGUUCCCAAAGGUGUCUAGUAUAGCCAGGGCCUCUUUAAUUUAGAGACACUCAGGCUGGGGGCAGGCAUGGUAGAAUGUAGCGAAAGGAAGAGGGCCUAUGACUUGGAGAGUUUGAGAGGUAAACACCCACCUUCUCAUUCCCCUUCUGCUUGUUGGGGGGUUAUAAAUGAGCAGGCUGGGGCAGAUAGUAGGGGGUUAGAAAGGAAGGAAGAAAGAAGGUCGAAAAAUCAGGAAAAAUGUUUUAGAGACUAGGCUAUAUAGACGUAUGUUUAUAUAAUUGAAAAAUCAGUCUUCUGUUUGUGGUGUUUGGGUUAUACUUGUGGUGUUCAGAACUUAUUCCUGGAUCUGUAUUUAGGGAUCACACCUGACAGUGCUCAGGUGACCAUAAUGGUUCUGGGAAUCAAACCCCGGGCAGGUGCCUGCAUUUAAGACAAGUGCCUUACACUCUGGCCAUCUCUCUAGCCUUAAAUUUUAAUUUUUCUUGCAGUUUAGGUAACAGUGAUAAUAGUGUUAAUGUUUAUAGUUUUGAUGUACAAAACACCUCACCAAUACCAAAGUGCCUAGAACUCUUCACCACUCUCCUUAUGAUAUUUCUAGUCUCUUUCUCUCUCUUUCCCUGCUCACUCCACUGCUUGGUAAUCUCAGUUUUAUAAUCUGAGUUCAAGGGUUUGUCAUCAAAAACACUGCAAGAGUCACAAUUAUGUGGGCAGGUUGGAAUCAGUAGACACCAUGAGGUUGGCAAAGGGUCAAAGGACAAGAUAUUUGCAUAGAACCAGGGGAAGCCAUUUAUAAAUGCUUGAAAGUAGCCCACGCCCAUCUAGGAGCUGAGAGUGACAGCUGGAAGGAGCCUGACUCCCGUGGCCAUUCUAUUACCCAGGGCUAGUGGCCACUGGCCUCAGGCAGGCGCAGGACCAUGUUGCUCUUGUGGCUGCUCCUCAGUGCCCUUCUUAUUCCAAGCCCGAGGGGAAAGUGGGGUCCAACCUGCUUUUUGUGUUAAGGAAAAAGGAAUCUGUGAGGAUUCAAAAGAUUCUGUUGCUAAUCAACACCAUGAAUGUACUAGGGAAAAAAAUCAGAAUAUGGUAAAAUUGCCCAGAUUAGAUGCAUACGCAAAAAAACUCUAAGUCUUCUGGAAAAAUAAAAUAAAAUCGUUCCUCUACACUGUCUCUUUCUUUUAAAAAAAUCCCUGAGAAUCAGAAAUUAGGUCAUGACUCAGAGAACUCAAGUAAUGACGGGUGGCCUCCUCAGGAGCUCAUGUAAGGGAGCCCAGGAUGAGGUGGUCAGGGGCGGGUUGGCCCUGGGCUCCCAGCUCUGUCCUGUCUCCAUGCUGAAGGAGACUGCGUGGAGAGCACCUCCAGGUGGGGUGUGGAAGAGGGAAUCUUGGAAUCUUCUCCCAAGAUGGAGUGUUCUCUGUGUGAACACUUUACACAUGGUUUGAGAACAGGAUCUAUGUCAUCUGCUUCUUUCUGGGAGAAUCUAUCAAGUUCCCUUCAAGAUUAAACCAGUUGUAAGAAUAUGUAGUUCCCGGGGGCGGUACAGGCACGCCUUAGGCCCAGAUAAGAUCUGGAGCUGCUGCUCGCAAAACAGACCCUCUGUUGUUCUGAAAGACCAUAUGAUCCAAGAGGUCUUUUAACCCAUUUUGGCACCUAGAGCGGCUUCUUACAGAAAUGCAUCCAGACUGUGAACUGAACUAAAAUAUCAGAAAUCCAAAACCGCGGAAUCUUCAUUCUCAGCAAUGAAAAGAAAUUAUUAAAUGAUGCCUUUUCAGCAGGCCUGAUUGUUGGGGGGAAAUUCCAAACAAUAAUAAUGAGUUCUCUAUUGAAAUAUUGAAUGUAUUCAAAGUAUAGAGAGAAUAAAGUGAAGA